AAAAGGGGGACAGAAUAGAGCAUGGUGACAGGUUCCUAAAAACCCUAGGGAAGAGACACGAUGGGUAAAAAGGGACAGAAUAGAGCAUGGUGACAGGUUCCUAAAGACCCUGGGGAAGAGACAGGAUGGGUAAAAAGGGACAGAAUAGAGCAUGGUGACAGGUUCCUAAAGACCCUGGGGAAGAGACAGGAUGGGUAAAAAAGGGACAGAAUAGAGCAUGGUGACAGGUUCCUAAAAACCCUGGGGAAGAGACACGAUGGGUAAAAAUGGACAGAAAAGAGCAUGGUGACAGGUUCCUAAAGACCCUGGGGAAGAGACACGAUGGGUAAAAAUGGACAGAAUAGAGCAUGGUGACAGGUUCCUAAAAACCCUGGGGAAGAGACAGGAUGGGUAAAAAUGGACAGAAAAGAGCAUGGUGACAGGUUCCUAAAAACCCUGGGGAAGAGACACAAUGGCUAAAAAGGGACAUAAUAGAGCAUAGUGACGGGUUCCUAAAUACCCUGGGGAAGAGACACGAUGGGUAGAAAGGGACAGAAUAGAGCAUGGUGACAGGUUCCUAAAGACCCUGGGGAAGAGACAGGAUGGGUAAAAAAGGGACAGAAUAGAGCAUGGUGACAGGUUCCUAAAAACCCUGGGGAAGAGACACAAUGGCUAAAAAGGGACAGAAUAGAGCAUGGUGACAGGUUCCUAAAAACCCUGGGGAAGAGACACAAUGGGUAAAAAUGGACAGAAAAGAGCAUGGUGACAGGUUCCUAAAGACCCUGAGGAAGAGACACAAUGGGUAAAAAGGGACAGAAUAGAGCAUGGUGACAGGUUCCUAAAGACCCUGGGGAAGAGACAGGAUGGGUAAAAGGGGACAGAAUAGAACAUGGUGACAGGUUCCUAAAAACCCUGGGGAAGAUACAGGAUGUGUAAAAAGGGACAGAAUAGAGCAUGGUGACAGGUUGCUAAAGAGGCUAAGGAAGAGACAGGCUACAGAAGAUAAACAUAUUAGUAGGAAAUGAAAGCUAAUGAAUGGGAGAUAAUGUACAUAUAAAACACGAAUAGAGCAUGGUGACAGGUUCCUAAAAACCCCGGGGAAGAGACACAAUGGCUAAAAAGGGACAGAAUAGAGCAUGGUGACAGAUUCCUAAAAACCCUGGGGAAGAGACAGGAUGGGUAAAAAUGGACAGAAAAGAGCAUGGUGACAGGUUCCUAAAAACCCUGGGGAAGAGACAGGAUGGGUAAAAAUGGACAGAAAAGAGCAUGGUGACAGGUUCCUAAAGACCCUGGGGAAGAGACAGGAUGGGUAAAAAUGGACAGAAUAGAGCAUGGUGACAGGUUCCUAAAAACCCCGGGGAAGAGACAGGAUGGGUAAAAAUGGACAGAAAAGAGCAUGGUGACAGGUUCCUAAAAACCCUGGGGAAGAGACACAAUGGCUAAAAAGGGACAUAAUAGAGCAUAGUGACAGGUUCCUAAAUACCCUGGGGAAGAGACACGAUGGGUAAAAAGGGACAGAAUAGAGCAUGGUGACAGGUUCCUAAAAACCCUGGGGAAGAGACACAAUGGCUAAAAAGGGACAGAAUAGAGCAUGGUGACAGGUUCCUAAAGACCCUGGGGAAGAGACAGGAUGGGUAAAAAAGGGACAGAAUAGAGCAUGGUGACAGGUUCCUAAAAACCCUGGGGAAGAGACACAAUGGCUAAAAAGGGACAGAAUAGAGCAUGGUGACAGGUUCCUAAAGACCCUGGGGAAGAGACAGGAUGGGUAAAAAAGGGACAGAAUAGAGCAUGGUGACAGGUUCCUGAAGACCCUGGGGAAGAGACACAAUGGGUAAAAAGGGACAGCAUAGAGCAUAGUGACAGGUUCCUAAAGACCCUGAGGAAGAGACAGGAUGGGUAAAAGGGGACAGAAUAGAACAUGGUGACAGGUUCCUAAAAACCCUGGGGAAGAGACAGGAUGGAUAAAAAGGGACAGAAUAGAGCAUAGUGACGGGUUCCUAAAGACCCUGGGGAAGAGACAGGAUGGGUAAAAAGGGACAGAAUAGAGCAUGGUGAGUUUCCUAAAGACCCUGGGGAAGAUACAGGAUGUGUAAAAAGGGACAGAAUAGAGCAUGGUGACAGGUUGCUAAAGAGGCUAAGGAAGAGACAGGCUACAGAAGAUAAACAUAUUAGUAGGAAAUGAAAGCUAAUGAAUGGGAGAUAAUGUACAUAUAAAACACUUUGCAAAUACUUUAGCUUUAGCUUAGACAGCAUGAGGAAUAGCAAAAGUGACCCAGAUUCCCUCACCCUAUUCCAUAAUCCUAUUUUUCUCUUUAUGUGUCUUUUGGCAACACUGAUAUCUAAUAUUGUACCAAUAAACAUACAUUUGAGAGACAAACAGGGUAAUAAAACAGAUGCAGAAUCAAUGGAGAGAGUGAAAAAGAGAGAUAGUUGGGAAUGCAUAAAGUCUGGAAAGGAGAAUCAGGUUGGUAAAGAGACAUUUUGGGGGUGGAGGUGUUGAGAAAAACUAAAAAUGAAGGGAUGAAAUACAGAGACAAGUGGUGCAUAGAGACAGCCUGGGAAAUAGAGAGACAGGAUAGAAAAAGUUUAGGAAUGGACCUAAAGGAUAAAGAGUAAAUAGACAGACAGGCUACAACUAAAGCAAUGGGGGAAAUCUAUAGAAGGGGACAAUUAUAAACAGAAAAUAUUAUGGCAUGAAAUGAACAGAAAAUGAGAGUAAAAUAGAGAAGUUGUGAGAACAGAUAUGGGGAGAUGAAGUCAGAUAUGGGGAGUAAUAAGAGACUGAACAAUAAAAUGACAAGAUGGAAAGAGAUGAGUUUGAGAGACAAAGGUGAUACAGAGUGAGGGAGUGAGAUAAAUACAGUGAAUAUUAUACUGGAGUAUGCUAAAGAAUGGAAGAGAGAAAGAGUAAUUAUUAUACAGAGUAUUAGAGAGACUGCGAUUGAUAACAAGAGACAGACGAUAAAAGUGGGAGUACAAUGGAGGAGUGAGGAGACAACAAGAGUAAUGGGAUAAAAGAGAGGUAGUAGGUUUGUCACAGAGACUGUCUAACACAGGAAAGUGAUAUAAAACAACAUGAGACGGAGUAAGAAUAAAGGAAUGAGAGACGAGAAAGACAAUGCGAAAAGGAAGAAAGAGAAAUAAUAGCAGGAUACAGGGAGCGAGAGAAAAACCGAGACAGAGCGCGUAAGAGGGAGCUGGAAAAGAUGUCAGUCAGAUUUAUGGGAGGGUCAGAGGGGGCAGGGUGAAUGGGCAGAGGAAGAGAGGGGGAUUGGAGGCUGACCCCCUCCUGUCCUUCUAGGGGUGGAAAUUCACGGAUCCUAUGAUUGGAGCCGAGAGCAGCCGGUUACGAGAGGGGCCCUCCCCCUGAAAGGGAGCCAGCUGAUGGGGGAGAGAAAUAGAAAGAAAGGGAGGAGAACGAAAAAGGGAGGAGAGAGAAAGAGAGAAAGGGAGGAGAGUGAGAGAAAGAAAGAGAUAACGGCCGAUUGAUUUGGUACAAAAAUCUACCUCUAGUAAAGAAUUGUGCCAGGCUGAGGGCACCGUGCCAGAUCUCACCCCUCCAUCCACUUCACCCACUGACCGAGGCACCACAUCCCAUUCCCUCAGUACUCCCGGAGUUGAGACGAGGACAGGAACCGGCAGAAAUACACACAUGCAAAUAUACCUACCCCUGGGAUGUAAAUAUAGGAUACAAGGAGAGCUGAGACACUGCAUAGUUUAUAUUCAGGAACAAUUACCCCGGGCAGACAAGUUUUUCUGUUUAUGAGAAAGGGUGUAUGAUCUGCCUUGGACAGUCUACCUUCCUAAGAUUUAACCACCCGGCCGAGGCGAACUGGAUGAAAACCAUGAUCCCUGCAACUGGGAGGAGCCCUGGCCUAGGCUCAUACCCAUCAGAUUCAACCCCUUCCUUGCUGAAUGGAUCUCGUGAUGGUGGAUACCAACGCAGUGUUUCCUCCCACACAUCUUUGGUGAGCUCCAUCGAGAAGAACCUUCAGGAUAUUAUGGAUUCUUUGGUACUAGAGGGGCCACCGCCACUGGGGAGAAAGCUCUCCCAAUCAUCCGUCAACAGCUUCAACUCAUUGACAAAUGGAGGGAGCAGGAAAUGCUUGCUCUCCCCCCCAACCAGUCCUCUGUCCUCUAGCUCUGGUUACGACAAUGCUUUUACAUCUCCUCUGUCAUCUCCAGGAAGUGGUAUUUUAAAUAGCCCAUCUCCAGGGCAGGAUAAUGUUACAUCAUCUGCAAUUCCUGUGGUGCCACUUCGCACCUCCAGCUUUAGCCACUCCUUGCCACGGCCAGUACCAACCUAUGGAGGAAGUAACCUGGACUUGCGUUCUAGCCGUGGCACAGGUUCAUCUCUUCUCAGUCCUCCAAGUCCAGGAAGUGGGAGUAGGGUUGGAGGUCUCAGUGUGCCAAGCAGCCCACUUUUAGGGAGCAAAUUUCACCACCCAGUCUCAGAUCGCCCUGCCAGCCCUUACAGACAGGGAGUAAACACACCACGAAGUUUACCCCCAGAGAGUCCUCGGCUUGGCCGCAGAAACCUGGAGAGCAUGAGGGACCUUCCACCACUCAGCCCCGCUCUGUCACGCAGAGUGACACCCAGUUCUAGCAAACCUACCCCGGAAAGUCCUGCUCGGGUGCCGGAUAGUCCUUGCUCCUUAGGUCGCCGCAGGGUGGGUAGUGCAAGUUCUCCUGGAUCUGAAGACAAUACUUUGUCUAGGCAGGUACGUGAGCGCAGUCCAUCUCCAUCUGCCUUUCAGGAGCCUCCACGACGGCUAACUCCAGCAUACAGCUUGGGAUCCCUUGGGACUCCCUCACAGAGCCCACGGUUGCAGCGUAAAGGACCUGCCCCCCGGGAACGCAAGAAUAGCAUCAGUGAGAUAAGUGACAACCAAGAGGAGCUGCUGGACUACCACAGGAGACAGAGGGAGGAGAGGCUGAGAGAACAGGAGAUGGAGCGGCUGGAACGCCAAAGGUUGGAAACCAUCCUGAGUCUCUGUGCAGAGUAUAGUAAGACAGAUGACACGUCUCCAGCCCCUCGUCUGGAGGAGACCAGGAGCUUCCCUUCAGUAGGGGGCUCAGAUGUGAGGAGCACAAACCUUUUAACACGGAGACCCUCAUGGGAGAGUACCCGGAUCCCCACCCUGGAGACUGCAGGGAGUAGAAUGAGGUCACGUGGGGAGCAGAACGAAGAGGAGUCACAAAGAGAGGAGAACAGCAGUACAGAAAGUACUCAGCAUGAGGUGAGAGAGCAGGAAGACACAGCACCUCCCAGUGGUGGGGAGAUAUUUUCCCUGGAGGAGCAGCGCCGGCAGACUCUAAGCCGCGUGGAUCAGCUUAAGAACAGGGUGACCGAGUUAGAGGGACAACUGCAGGAGAGUGCUCGAGAGGCAGAGAUGGAGAGAGCACUGUUGCAGGGGGAACAGGAGGCGGAGUUAUCUCAGCUCCAGCAGGAACAGAGAAUGAUACAACAACUUCAGGACAGUUUGGCCACACUAGAGAAAGACAUCCAGAAGGAAAAAGACAAGGCAAGGGAGAAGCUGGAGCAGCAGAGGAUGGAAAUACAGAGUGUUCAGCUAUCUCACCGUGACCUGCAGAGGCAACUCCAUAACUGCCCGGAGGCUCUGCGGGAGCAGGUGCAGGCCCAGCUUAAACGGGAAUCUGAACAUUUAGAGUCUCAGAUGAAACUAUUUGAGGAUUUAGAAUUUCAGCAACUUGAGAAGGAAAGUCGCCUUGAAGAGGAGAGAGAUACAACUAGUCACCAACUGCUGCAGAGCAAGGGAGACUUCCAGAGGAGCAUGGGACACAGGAAGGAACGCCUGGCUGCCCUGGAGCAACAAGCUGACCAGAUCCGACAACAGGCCGUACAGGAAGCAGAGCGGCUCGGGCAGGAGAGGAGCGCUGCUCUAAUGCAGCUACACAAGGAGAAGGAAAAGCUAGUUCAGCUGGAUAGGCGAUACCAAAUAUUGACUGGAAGGCGGGGAUUUUCCUCAGGAUCAGCUGCACUCAGAGAGGAUGCUCUGCACAUCUCUGAGUCUGCUGAAUGCUUGUCUGGUCGUCGUGAUGCUGCUUACACCCCUGCAUCCCCCUUCUGCUCUCGCACUGCAACCUGGAUGCAAGAGGAGUACCUGUGCCUCUCUGAUGUUCUACGCUUGUACAGCUCUCAUCCUCCCGCUCAUCCCCCAACCUCUCUCACAGGGCCCACAGCUGAUAUAGAGUACAUCACUUUAGAUCAGCUUCAUGACAUGCUGGAAAACAUGCCGGCAGCUUCCACGCCAUAUGCUUUGCCAGUCGCUGGCACCGGUGUGGUUUCUGCCUCUUGCACUUCUGAGGAUCCUGCUCAACUCUCCUCAUCCUCAUCUUUUUCCUCUCCCUCCCUUUCUCCGGAGGUGGCCUCCUCACCUUCUGAGGGUGUCUUUACACUCCAUUCUCCUGAUACUGAAGCUUCGCACCAAGAAAAUGUUUCCGUUCCCUCUACCUCCACAUCUCCUCCUUCAUCCCCUCCUCCUCUCCCUGCUAAAUCGCAUUCAUCCCGUAAAAUCCUGCAGAUGUCCCGCUCCAGGACAGAUAUUGAAGGUGGUGGCACCCUCCCACGAAUGAAGACUGUCUCUCCUGCCUCUUCACAUUUCUCAGUUGCAACUUUGGGCCGUAGUGUGUCUCCAAAAAAUGCUCCACUGGCACAAAAUGGCGCUGGCAGCCUCUCCCGUGGACUAGCGGUAACAUUACAAGAUAUCCAGAGCAAAAGGCAGCUUGCAUUACAGCAAAAAGCUGAUGAUGUGGGCACAGAGGAAUGUCUUCCAUCUGAUGUAACAGGCCAGCAGGUGAUUGAGGAACAAAGGCGGCGUCUUGCUGAGCUGAAACAGAGAGCAGCAGUUGAGGCACAAUCUCAGUGGGAGUCCCUUCAUGGAUCCACUCAUCAGGUUUAUCCGCCAGUCAUCCACCACUCCAUCUUACACCACCAGCGUCAUGCCCGUGAAGACGAUCCCACUCAUGGCUAUGACACGCUUAGCCUUGAGAGCUCUGACAGUCUGGACACUAGUGUGUCUACAGGAAACUCUGCUUGCUCUCCAGAUAACAUGUCCAGUGCCAGUGGUCUGGAUAUGCUAAAAAUUGAGGAGAUGGAGCGUAUGCUGCUUGAAGCUCAUGCAGAGAGAGCCAGACUUGUGGAGUCUAGAGAACGUGAGGUGGAAGUGCGCAGGAGAGCACUAGAAGAUGAGAGGAGGCGAAGAGAAGAGCUGGAGCGACGUCUUCAAGAUGAGACGGCUCACAGGCAACGGUUAGUGGAUAAAGAAGUCAAGAUGAGAGAGAAACAUUUCACACAGGCCCGCCCUCUAACCCGCUACCUCCCAAUCCGAAAAGAAGACUUUGAUUUGCGCAGUCACAUUGAGUCUUCAGGACAUGCAGUGGAUGCCUGCUCCCACAUAAUACUCAAUGAGAAGAUGUGCCGUGGAUUUCUGACCAAGAUGGGUGGCAAGAUAAAGUCAUGGAAGAAGAGAUGGUUUGUGUUUGAUCGCCUCAAACGCACCCUUUCCUACUAUGUGGAUAAACAUGAAGCUAAGCUGAAAGGGGUCAUCUAUUUCCAGGCAAUAGAAGAAGUUUAUUAUGACCAUCUCAGGAGCGCAGCCAAGAAAGGAAUAUUUAACCUGAGCCUGGCCUCUCAGAUUUCCGAUUUUCUCUCUGUGCCCCUUUGGAAGGAGGUGGGUGAGAGUCCAAACCCAGCACUGACCUUCUGCGUGAAGACACAUGAUCGGUUGUACUACAUGGUAGCUCCCUCUCCAGAAGCCAUGAGAAUUUGGAUGGAUGUUAUAGUGACAGGAGCAGAGGGUUACACUCAGUUUAUGAACUAAUGGAUAUCCUCCUCUUCUCCCUUGUCCCACACUCCUCAGGAAUCACUAACAAUGGAGAUAAAUAAAGUCUACUUUCAGAGUUAAAAGGGAUGAAAAAAAAACACACACACCCUCCUGUUGCGGGGAAAUCAGAUACCAGAUAUAUGGCUAAUAGGCCCGGGAAAAAAAGUGGAAUGGCCAAGAAAAAUUAGCCUAUAUGGAAAACUAGGUGGCACUGUCUAUUUAUAUAUGAAGACACGGAAAACCAUGUAUUUUUAUUCCUUUAAAAAUUUUAGAAGAUUAUUAAAUACGGCUUUUUUUAUCAGAGUUUUUCCUUGUUUUUUUUUUUUUUUGUUUUUUUUUUUGAUGACAAACUGGUCAUACGUAAGUGUCAUCCAGGCUACAGAAACUGUUAAAUAUAUAUAUAUAUAUAUAUAUAUAUAUAUACGUAGUUUGUUUUUAAUAAUAUUACUGCCUUACUGUGCGUUCUCUUGCGUUUUUCCAUGGAGAUAACAAUCCAUUGGCCAUUUUACCCCUCCUGUUGGGGUGAGCCACGUUAUUUUAAUCCAAAUGCCGCCUGUGCCUUUCUCUUUACAUUUCACUUUCUGAAUAAAAUGGACUUUGUCCUCUCUGCGUUUUAUUUACUCCUCCAUCACUUCAUAGUUGUGGAAAGACAUUGCAUCCAUUUGAAAUGGUAGCAAUAAAGUUUAAAAGGCAUGAAAUAUUUUAAAUCAUUUGCAAAGAUGAAUAAGAAUGUUUAACAUUGACAUUUUCAAAGUAUAGCGGUAACGACAGCGCCCAGCGUUCUGUACCCUGUUCUGUCAUGCGUGUAUCCUUAAAUACAUAUUAUAUAAACAAUGAGUUUUGUCUACCUCUCAAUAAACUUGUACCAGUU